AGUAAGGCAACCGUGUGUAGUCUACGUCUUGUUUGGUCAUGCUGAGGAAAUUCGCGGCAAUAAAACAGUCGCUGUCCGUGACCAAGAGUUGUUAUGUGCGCCUCUAUAUAUUAAAUUCAUUAACAACUAUUGAAAUAUCGUUGAUAGAAGCCUAAUUUUAGUAAGAAGAAUGACGAGUAUCCACAGUGCCUACAAGGAGGAAACUUACGAUGUUCCCAUGUCAGUUAUCAUCAGACCUUUCAUGCCAGAAUUAGAUGAGAAUAAGGUGAAGUCUCUGAUGAACACAAUUCAGAAAGAAGAAGAAAAAGGCAAUGUACCCCCGAUAGACAUACUAUGGAUUAAAGGCAGGGAGGGUGGGGACUAUUAUUACAGCUUCGGAGGCUGCCAUCGCUUCGCUGCCUAUCAACGUUUACAGAGACUCACCAUCCCAGCUAAGCUAGUACGCUCGACCGUCUCCGACUUGCAGGUCUACUUGGGCAGCAGUACUCCUGACCUCAAGUGAACGUCGUUUUAGGACGAAUACUGUACAUAUCGUUAUCGGUCAAUAUUGUCUACUAUUUAUUAAAAUUUCUAUUUGUAUAUAACGGCGGCUUGUCGAUUUAAUGAUAAAUAAAACGAUCCUUCUCCGA